GGUAAUUCCGGUAAUAUUUAAGCUCUGUUGGUUUACUUUCUCUUCCAUUUGGUUCUAACUGAAAUGGAUGUUCCAAGACCCCCUGCUUCCCACCACCCCCCCAUGCGAACACCCCACAGCAACCAACAGCACCAAAACCGAAGCAAUCAACCAUCAUCAUUCCUCCAAACCAAGAAACCACAGGCCUCGUCGGGAGCUCCAUAGAUCAGAAAAUCAAGUCCAUUAUUUUAUAAUAGCUACAAAACACAAUGAGCCAAGUGCGCAAAUUUACCGUUCUUUUGGGAAGUGCGGCCAAUGAUCCGUCGACCGUUUCAUCGGGCAAGGCUGUGGCUGCGGCUACCGGCGCUGAUAUGAAGGCUGCCAGGGGCGAUAUUGGUCCGUCGUCGUUGGAUCACUUGGAUAUUGUCUUGAACACGAAUGAUUUGGGAUUGUACGAUCCAAUGGAAUUGGCAAGCUGGGCCAAGUGCCUGCAAGAGGGAUCGACCGUGUCCGUCUCACUCCUCGGCGACAGCAACAGCAGCAAUUUGGACGCCAUUCAUUCCUCGUUUUUAUUGGCGGGCUUGAAGGGAGUGUCGGAACGAAGAGAAGCCGAUGGAACCCGCGUGUUUACAGCCAACCGACCAUCGGCAAUCAAGACAUCCACUGGUGCGAAACCCUUGACCAAAAAACAGCCAGCAAUUAGCGUUUCUUUGGACGACGAUGAUCUUAUUGACGAAGAUAUUCUAUUGACCGAGGAUUCUGCAUUGGCUCCUCCGCCAGCCAUGGAAGCAACCGCAACGGCAGGAGACGAUUGUGGUGGCAGAACUGCAUGUGACGAUUGCACUUGUGGUAGAGCGGACAAGGAAGCAGGAGAAAAAAAGCAACAGGCAAAGACGAGCUCGUGUGGAAAAUGUGGGAUGGGCGAUGCGUUCAGAUGUGCCAGUUGCCCAUACCUUGGAAUGCCAGCCUUCAAACCAGGAGAAGAACCAGUGGUGCUGGACUUGCAAGACGACUUCUAGUUUGGGAGGCCGCGUUUUGUGAAAAGAGCUCCAGAAUCAAUUGAAAUACUAUACCGUAGUGAUGCAUAUUAUCAAAGAAUGCUGCAAAGUUUGAACCAGCACAGUCCAGGCAGGUUAGUAUACAGAAGACCAGGUAGACAUGGGAAAGUUAAGGUGGUUUAACUGAACGCCCAAGUUCUGUUAUCCGCUGCCUUCUGGAGUCACCCAACAUUUGUUUCCUGCUAAGACCUAUUAAUAGUAGUUACCUGCAAUACCACUGUCC